CAUUGUUUUGCUGAAUAAUGGCAGCAGCCUUGCCCUCAUUUAUCCCUAAUUUUUUCCCUUCUGAUCAUACACGCAUCCUUACUCAUGUUCCGGUCUCUGACGGAUGCCCCUUUCAGCACGGCAGGGGCUGAUCCAAUUUAGGGAUGUCUUCAUCUAGAAUUAGCUUGUUUUGACCAGCCUGCAAGGCACCCUGGGAGGCCGGGGAGCUUAAGGCCGACCGUUAAGCAGUGAGGGUAUAAAAGGCAGCUCAUGGCACGGGGCUGAGCAACUUUUUUAGAGGCUUAAUCGGUGUGGAGAUCUGUAGCUCGGGAAGGAGCCAACGUGAUUUGCGGUUUUCCAAACGCGAGCGUUGCUUGAGCUUGUCCUGCAAACAUGGUUCUGGAGGACUCCGACGUUGAAAUGAUCGUUGCUGAGAUUGAAGUCAGCGAGCACGAUGUUGAGACUCCUCACGGAAGACUCCAUUGCACCAUGAAGGGAGCUCCCAAAGGGGACAGACCGGUCAUCCUUACCUUCCAUGACAUUGGCCUGAACCACAAAACCUGCUGGGACCCGCUCUUCGACCAUGAGGACAUGGCAGAAAUAAUGCAGCACUUUGCCGUGUGCCACGUCGACGCCCUGGGCCAACAUGAAGGAGCCAACACCUUUUCCACUGGGUAUGAGUACCCGUCCAUGGACCAGCUGGCUGAGAGCCUUCCUUUGGUGCUGAAGCAUUUUGGCCUGAAGAGCGUCAUUGGGAUGGGCAUCGGGGCCGGCGCCUACGUGCUGACUCGAUUUGCUCUGGACUUUCCAAACAUGAUGGAAGGCGUUAUGCUCAUCAACAUCAACCCAUGUGCUGAAGGGUGGAUGGACUGGGCUGCCCACAAGAUCAGUGGCUGGACCCACGCUGAGCCGGACAUGAUUAUCAGUCACCUCUUCGGGAAGGAGGAAAUCCACCACAACCAUGACCUGAUCGCUAGAUACCGCCACUACAUCAUGAACAACAUGAAUCAGUUCAACCUUCACCUCUUCGUCAAGGCCUAUGAGAGCCGGAGGGAUCUGGAUAUUGAGAGGCCCGUCCCUGGAAUCAAUGCCAGAACUCUCAAGUGUCCUUCUCUGCUGGUGGUCGGCGACAGCUCUCCUGCUGUGGAUGCCGUGGUGGAGUGCAACACAAAACUGGACCCAACAAAAACCACCCUCCUGAAGAUGGCUGACUGCGGAGGCAUGCCCCAGGUCGACCAGCCUGGAAAGCUGACGGAGGCUUUCAAGUACUUCAUUCAGGGAAUGGGAUACAUGCCAGCCGCCAGCAUGACCCGCCUGGCCCGCUCCCGCACUGCCUCCGGCUCCAGCAUCACCUCUGACGGCAACCGCUCGCGCUCCCACACCCACGACGGGAACCGCUCGCGCUCGCACACCAACGAGGGGAGCCGCAGUCGCAGCCACACGAACGAGCACAGCCGCGCGGACGGCACGGCCAACAGCAACGCGGACCAGUCUGUGCCCAAGUCCACCGAAGUCUCUUGCUAAAGUGAUCCCCCCCCACCCCGCCCUUCGCCUGCCGCUGCAGACAACACGAACCUCUCAAGGUCCCAUCUUGUUGUGCUGCGCUGCCUCUUAAUUAUACACCCACACGCAGACAAAUGUAUUCCUACACACUUAAAGCAGAGAGGGACACUAAGAUUGCUUAGCCAGAUGUUUAAACAUAAACAAAAAAAAAAAAAAAA